CCCGCAGUCAAUUCAAGACCGUUGACACAUCGUGGCGAGUCCUGAUGCGCCAAACGUCUGAGAAUCCUCUUGCCCUAGAGGCUUGUUCAGUCGCCGGUCUCCUGGAUAAAUUGCGCGAAUCGAACAAGAACUUGGAAAAAGUGACGCUUGGACUGAAUUCCUACUUGGAGUUGAAGCGCAGUCUCUUUGCGCGUUUCUUCUUUCUGUCGAACGACGAACUGCUCGAAAUCCUCUCCGAGACGCAAGACCCCACACGCGUCCAGCCAUUCCUGUGCAAGGUCUUUGAAAACAUGCACAGACUCGAGUUCGACGAAGGCAUGAAUGCUGUUGCCAUGUUCUCUGCAGAGGGAGAGAAAGUGGAGUCCCA